CGGAAGUAUUUACUAACAUUAAUCAUCAAAUUUGGUCCAUAGCACAGUCACUUGAAAUAAUAUCAAUUGUAGAUAUACUAAUAUCAACUACAAAAAUAGAGAACAUAAUAACACCGAUAGCGGUGAUCAAGUUAAAAGAUAAUAUCAUAAUAUUUAGUAAUCAAUACUGGAAGACACCAAAAAAAGUAGCAAUCUUAGCAUUAAUUGUAGUUGCAAUAAUUUGCAAGCAUAAUACGAAAGUUACAAUUAAUACUAACUCUCAAAGUAUAAUUAAAUUCUUAAACUCAACAGAUUUACAGGUUGAUAGAACAAAUAAAUCUAAAAAUAAGAACAAGUUCGGGUACUGA